CACGGCACCUCACAGCAACACACUCCGUGUCCAUUCCAAAACUUCAACGAAACUGUCAUUUCAUCACCAAUAUCUUGUACACCAAUCGAUCAUCUUGCAACUCAAUGAUGUGUUCGAUGCGAUUCUUGGUUCUGAUAGCGAUCAUGCUCGUGGGCCAGGUAGUCCAAGCAGCCCAAACCGAUGAUGUCUUUCGAUGUCAAGGCGAUAAACCACAGGGAGUAUGCCUUGGGACGAGGAUUAAAGAUGUGAAAAAAAGGGUAGAUUAUUGGGUGAUAUCCGCCCGCGGAGUGACCGGUGGCUUCUCUUGCGAUCCCAAACGAAAAGAAUAUGCGGGAGGAUUUCAUAACGUAUGCUGCAAAAAAGAAUUAGAUCUCAAAAAAUUCACCAAGGUAAGUUUCUAUCCUACCUGUAUGUUCACAAUCCUAAACUUCCAUCAUCUGGAAUCCAAGCUGAUGAAAGGUUGA